GUCUUCCUAUGGCGCGUCCAGUGCAAAAUGGCUCAUCUCGAUCAGCAAUACAAGCUACGAAAUACACGAACGAGAACAAACGUGCAAAAAGACAAUUCUUUCCCCGCCUCACCGCUUCUGUCUGCCGGAGUCCAUCCAAAGUUUGGGAGGAUUUGUUUACGGCAGUGGUCCUGAAACCUUCCACGCAUUUCUUUAUAAGUUCGAGAACAAUGAUAUUGAAACCAUAGUGACCCUCAAGGAAGACGACUGCUUCCCGAUCAGUUUGGUCCAGACUUUUGGUCAUGGUCGUAAUACUCCUGGGACGUCUACCACUGUGUUCACUGACCUCUCGACGGAGUUAGACGAAAGGGCACUCCUAUUGCCUGCAUAUUGUCUUGAUGAAGACCACAUACCCACUAACUAGUUCGUCUCGCUGUUUCUCUUCAUGAAGAAUCUCAAGAAUGAU